AUGGCUACCACAGAAAUCGGCAUGGGCGCCUGCUGCAUCUCAGGAGCCGUGCACGACGGCACACCCAGUGGACAUGAAGCCACAGUCGGCGGACUACCGACAUACAUCGCCGAACCCAGCGAUAAGUCGAAAUCGAAGACUGUCGUCUUCAUCGUGGAUAUCUUCGGGUGGAAGUUCAAGAAUGUCCGUCUGCUGGCAGAUCAGUACGCCAAAGCCGGAUUCUACUGCUACAUCCCGGACGUGCACGAGGGGGACUCGUUGCCCAUUGAGUUCCUGCAGAGCGUCGAGCCGCCACUCAAGGUCAAGGAGCAGGAAGAACUACUUGCCAAGGCGAAAGAGACAGUCGACGUCAUGGCCACGCUGGGCCCUUGGCUAAUGCGACACCGUGAGAGUGUUUCAGAGCCCUUGAUCUCCGGAUUCAUCGAUGCCGUCCGCGGCAUUGAGGGCACCGGCAAAUUAGGAGCCAUCGGAUUUUGCUGGGGUGGCCGCUACGCCAUCCUUCAAGGCCAUGCUCGCAAGAUUGAUGAUCGUGGUGCCGCAGGUCAGGGCCCGAAGCCAAGCGGCGGCGUAGAUGCUGUCUAUGCCUGUCAUCCGUCUUUGCUGUCGAUCCCUAGCGAUCUGGAGCCCGUGGCAAAACCCGUAAGUCUGGCUGUUGGCGAAAAGGAUUCCAUGCUAGACUUGAAAUCAGUGGAUCAGAUCAAAGAGGCCCUUGAGAAGACCGGCGUCCCUUUCGAAGUCAAGAUCUAUAAGGGCCAGGUGCAUGGGUUCGCGUUGAGAAGUGAUUGGAGCAGUGACGAGGAUAAGAAGGCCAUGGAUGAUGCCGAAAAGCAAGGCAUUGAGUGGUUCAACAAGUACCUUGCCUAG